AUGAAUGAGGCUCGGAGAAGGACGAAUGGAGGCAGGAGUGAUCUGUGUACGACUGAAGAGAGCACUGAGGGAGGGAAUGAAGGAAUGACGAAUGAUCAAAAGGUGAAGAGACAUGAAGCGACCAGAGUGAUUGAGGAGAUGGAGAUUGAGGUGAGUCUCUCCUGUCUUCUAUCCUCCGAAUAUUCCCAUCCCACCCCCCACCCUGAUCCCCACAUUUUUCUAUCCACCUCUCCAGCCAAAAAGGAACAGGACGGUGGAGAUGAGAAGAAGCAGACGCAGAAGAAGAAGGUGAAGGAGCUGAAGAUUCUUGACUCCAAGUCUUCACAGAACCUUUCCAUUUUCCUGGGAUCAUUCCGUCUCCCUUAUGAAGACAUCAAGAGUGCCAUCCUGGAGGUUAAUGACAAGGUCAUCACAGAGUCCAUGGUUCAGAACCUGAUCAAACUGCUGCCACCAGCAGAGCAGCUGAGCACCCUCGGAGAGAUGAAGGAUGAAUAUGAUGACCUGGCUGAGUCGGAGCAGUUUGGAGUAGUGAUGUCCGGCGUGAAGCGGCUGAUGCCUCGGCUUCAGGCCAUCCUGUUCAAGCUGCAGUUUGAGGAGCAGCUGAACAACAUCAAGCCAGAUGUGGUGUCUGUGACUGCAGCCUGUGAGGAGCUCAGUAAAAGCCAGAACUUUGCCAAGCUGCUAGAGAUCAUCCUACUUGUCGGGAAUUACAUGAAUGCGGGCUCCCGCAAUGGAAAGGCAUUCGGCUUCUCCAUAUCAUACCUGUGCAAGCUGCGAGACACCAAAUCAGCUGAUCUGAAGCAGACGCUGCUCCAUUUCCUCGCUGAUGUGUGCCAGGAGCAGUAUCCUGAUAUCAUGGGCUUCCCAGAUGAGCUCAUCCAUGUGGAAAAGGCCAGCAGAGUUUCUGCAGAGACCAUUCAGAAGAACCUUGAGCUGAUGGGCCGUCAGAUCAAGACCCUGGAAAAAGAUCUGGAAACUUUCCCACCUCCACAAAAUGACAAGGACCUGUUUGCUGAGAAAAUGUCCAGUUUUAUUGGUACCGCUCGUGAGCAGCAUGAGAAACUGGAUCUGCUACAUAAGAAUAUGGAGAAGCAAUAUAAUGACCUGGGAGAGUACUUUGUCUUUGACCCGAAAAAGAUGUCAAUAGAGGAAUUCUUUGGGGACAUCAACAACUUUAAAAACAUGUUCCAGCAAGCAGUGAAGGAGAAUCAGAAGAGGAAGGAGGCUGAGGAGAAGAUAAAGAGGGCCAAGCUGGCCAGGGAAAAGGCAGAGAAGGAGAAGGAGGAGAAGCUCAAGAAGAGCCAGCUCCUCGACAUCAACGCAGAGGGUGAUGAAACUGGUAUCAUGGACGGCCUGUUGGAAGCGCUGCAGUCCGGCGCUGCUUUCAGGAGAAAGAGAGGACCACGGCAAGCAGCCAACCACCGACGAGCUGGUCAUGCAGUGACCAACAUCCUGGCCAAAGAGCUGAUGCAGGAAGAGACGCCUUCAUCCAGCAAAGUGCAGAUUAAGAAGAAAAAGUUAGAGGAGACAGAGGAGCCUAAAAUAGAAGGAGCGGAGUCAUUAGAGGAGUUACUGGACGCUGCUCCUUCUCGGUCCAAUUAGGCAUCCAGGGCAGAAAGUUUUUUUACUCACAGAGUCAGUGAUAUCCAAAUGCAGAUGUAUUUCAUAGCCAUUCCAGGGGCCAAUAUCAACCUGAGAUUAGCUCAAAGACAAAAAAAGCCCUGUGUCUCCUACCCUUGUCUUAGCAUCUUUUAGGGUAGCAUUGUCUGUGUCUUCUGGGAGGACAGGGAGUGGCAGAGGAUGAGUGCGGGGCUGUCACCUCAGCCACAAACCCUGCACAUCUCUCGUCAACCUUUGGAUCUUUGCCGGUGUCAUAAAGAUUUGCUUUCCUCGGCAUGUGCACAUAUCAGUUCAUGUAUUUUUGUCUGUUUCACUUGCUUCACCUGUCACUCAUCAAAGGGCAUCUUAAACGAUUCCAAAGACUUACUCAGGAGGGAUCCACCCCUUUAUAGCGGUUAUUUCCAAAUCCCAAAUUUGAACUGGGAAUGUCUGGAAUUCGGCACCUCCUGCGGGUGCUUCGUAGAGUUUUCUCUGGAUGUUCCAGGCCAAGACCACUUUGCGCUUUUUCACAUUUUUUUUUUUUUUUAACUCAUGAAACAUAUUGAUUUGUAUUUGUCUGAUAUACUGUAUGUUACUGUUUGUAAGUGUUAAUCAUUGUUGCUGUGUUAUUGAAAAAAAGUGCCAACCAAUAGAAAUCCAGUCUUGUCAUUUCACUCCCAGGUUUAGUCCAGUCAGUUUGCACUGGGAUGCUGUGUGCAGACCAGUCCAACAGUAGUCAUCACCUGGGUGUUACAGUGUGUUUUGUUUUCUGAGAAGGGAUUUAGUUCACUGGUGUGCAUGCAUAUGUUAAAUUUCACAUAUAUAAAUGGAGAUAAUUAACAAAAACUUGUCCAAGCUACCACACGUGCCCACAAAAGUUAUAUGAAGACAACCUGCUUACAUCCACGAACAUUCCUAUAAACCUCAGAGGGACGUAGAGAUAAAUUGGAGGAGAAAGUUCUUCCACAGUCAAACCAAAAAAAACUUUUUGAAAGGGUGUUUCUGUACAUGAGCAGUUUACAUGCCUGUGUGUUGAUGUGUAUGAGAAUGACUGUGUGAAGUAAGCCGCCUAUAUUUAGUUUAAUGUGCACGCUCAACUUCCUACAUAUCUGUGUGUGUGUUUGUGCGUGUAGGUUUGAGUGCAUGCGUGUAUGUUACCAUCUGUAAUUACUGUACGGUACCGACCAUGCUGUCAUAAAUCCUAGGUUUCAUAAACAGCUUUGUGGUCUUUCUGCUGAGGAUAUAGCACACUGGAAAACUGCCCAAAAACUGCUGAGACAAGUAUGUGUGUGUGUGUGUGUGUGUGUGUGUGUUUGAGUGUGUUUUCACCCACUUUCCCUCCCACUGAACUGCAGCAGUAGUUUCUGAAUGUCUGGCCUUGCUCUUACUUGUAUUCAGUAGCAAUCAGCAAACAUGUUGCCAUGAUGUUGUGGUGUAAUAUCUGACAGGAAUCCUGAGAGGUGAUGUCAGCCGUACCACGCAAUAUUUAUAACUAUGCAAACACAAUACUGUAGUGUGUGUACUCCAGCUCUGACACCCAGCCAGCCUCAGGAUGUAAAAACUACUGGGUGGACUCCAGCGGUCUUUGUAAACCCGCUGAUUAGAGAUCAGUGCUUCAUUUUGCCUGUGAUUGAGGAAAAUCUUUGGCCUGGAGAGACGGUCAAUAUUCUGUUUCGCUCUCUGUAUCAGUCUGGACUCUGUGCCACCCCAAACACUUUGAGUGGGCAGGAGCACUCACCUUGACAGACAACCUCUGUCUGCCAAUCAGCAGAACAAAACACUGGGAAACAUCAUCUUCAUCACCAACGUAGCCAGUUGAUAAAUCAAGCUUUCCCAAAUCCAGAUGGAAGAACAGCAAAAACGUCUUUUCCCGUUUAAUUGACGUCAUUGACUCUAUUUCUCCAUAUUGCUGUGUCUGCUCCACUAAUGUCAGAGGUGGCGCCUGUUGCUUCAGGAACCGCCAUCACUGCUCUGCAAGCUGCAGCCUCCAUUUUAUGUCAUCGAAUACAACACAGUGCCUGGACGGUUAUAUAUAGUUAUAUUGUCAACUAUAGUGCGGACUCUUGAUUGGAUUUUAAUUUCUGGAAUGUUUGGGGCGGCACCGAGUCCUGACUGAUAGAGAGAGAAAGAAAAUGUUGAGCUCACGUCAUCAAGAUGGUCUUACCACGCUAGAAAAUCUGUAAAGCUCCCUAAAGUUUAGCUUUUCAGGAAUUUAAAAAAGUCACAUCUUUUCUCAACAACACCAGCAUUUAUUCAUUAACUUCAAUUAAAAUUUAAAUGCUUUCGUACAUGGAGUCACUGACACUUAAAAAGAAAUGAGGUUCGUCAAGUACAGUAGGUGUAGAGGUGCUGGUGCUGCAAUUUAAUCCAGUAACAUUGAGAAUAAUGACUGCUGCGCCUGCUCUCCAGCACAAAAUAUGUCGUAGCUGUAAAACCUGAGACACAACUGCUGAUUUAUUACCCUGGUGGACAGUUCCAGGUGAUUGUGUGUACCAGAUACUGCAAACUGAUUUCAACGUUAACAAGAGAAAGGUUUAAAAAAGGAUAUCAGAACAUCACUGGAAUAAUUGUUUUCUAAUUUGAGGCAUUCCUUAUGUUCAGUAAUUUUUUUUUUAAGAGAUUGUUUUCUAUGUGAAUUUUUAUGGUUGAUUUAUUUUAAUGUAUUUGAAUGGAAACAAGAUUUUGUUUUUUUCUUUGCUCGAUGUAUACAGAAUAAUGCACACAGUCAUUCUGUUUGCUACACAGAACUAUUAAAAAUGUCUUAAGUAAUUUAA